AACAUUUCAUUAUAAAGUAGUACUAAUACAAUCUUAUAUCAAAUGCCAAAAUCCUUAAAAAAAAAAAAAGAGAAACAAUAGUGUAGACAAAAUCAAAAGCAAGAUGCCAUAAUACAAGGAGGAGAGGAAAGGGACAAAAGGCAGCGAAAUUCUAUGGAGUAUCAUCUUCGGCAAGUUUUAGAGAUAUGUGGCCUAAUGUCUAGUCAACUGGAGUGGUGUGAAGUGAAGUGCAAUGCCUCCGCAUUUUGGAGCAUAAAACAAGAGGAUGAGUUGGAGUACCAACGAACGAUCUCCCCUUUCAUCUCUGCUCCUGCUUCUCUCGAUUUCAGCUUUCUAAUGCUGAAAUUGAGGAUCAAAUCUGUUAUUGAGAAAAUGUCGAGUCCGCAUAUUUGUCUGGUUCAAUUCUGGGCACCCAUCAAGGUCAACGGAUCCACUUUCCUGUCCACUGCGGAUCAAAUAUGUGCUUUCAAUAAGAGUCUCUCUUCAUACAGGAGGCUCUGUAUCGAUACUUUGAUUCCAAUUGACGACUACAUGGAAGGUCUACUUGGCCCCCUUGGACGAGUUUUCAGAAGAUGCUUGCCAGAAUAUAAUCCCGACGUCCAGAGUUACUCUGCUGCAGAGUUUCCACUGCUCGAAACUGCAAUAAGCUUGGGAAUUCAUUCUUAUUAUGCAUUUCCAGUGUUCAACCUCCAUGAUCAGCGCUACCUUGGUGUAUUUAAUUGGAAGGGCAAGUGGAAAAGAGGCUUACGAUAUCACUUGAAAGGUUUUCAAUAAAGUAUGAAGAUGAAGAUGAAGAUUGGAUUUUGAUAAGUACUGAUUCAGAUUUGAGGGAUGGGAUGCAUUCACUUAGAUUGUUGGGAAGGAAUACUAUGAGAUUACUAGUUACCCCAGAAGCUGACACAUGAAGGAUUUUCCAGAAGUUUUGUUAUGGUUCAUCUUCAUUACAGAACGUUAGUGAUGUUAUCUUUUGGUGAUAUGGUGUUUAUCUCUUCCCUGAGGUGUUGUGACAUGUCUUUGUGCUCAGUGUACCAAGAAAAUUAAUGCUAUUAUGAAUGUGGAAUUGUCAAAU